UAAGCGGGGCUCGUAGAAACGACUGUACAAUGCUAUUGCGGAGCGAACAGCCCGAGCAAUUCAUUAUCAGUUUUGUAUGAAACAACAUAAAACUCCGGGAGCGCAGUGUUUUUUUUCCUGUGCUUUAUUGCAAAUGAUCUCUUUAAUGUGACGUCGAGCUGCACGUCUGCAGCUAAAUGAGGCAAAGGCUGGUUGGAAGUUUUGGUGUUUUUGAUCAGAUGCUCCUGUUUCAUUAUUAUCAUCACCAGUAUCAUUAGUACCGCUAAGGCGUUUUGUUAUCAGCGCUCCAGCGAGAAGUGACAAGAAUCUAGACCCCUCCUCUACAGGGCGGAGCGUGCAUUUUUAUUUCCAUUUUGUAUUUUUUUCUCAGCUCCCGCUCUGACACGUCCGCACUGAGUGAGGGGCAUUGGCACAUUGUCAAUCGCUCACUACGGCUGCCAUCAAACAACAUAAAGCGUACGCAGUCAGAGACUCAGCCUCAUAAAUUUCAGGGGGCAGAUAUUUUUGCACAUCGCUUUAUGGGGUGCAAUUAAUUUUUCGCGAUUAGUUUUUCUAUUUUUCCACACUUACACUAAAAAACUUUUUUGAACAUUUUAUAUUUCUAUUGUCACCUUUAUCAUUCCAACAGUGGACGCGCAGCAUUUAAUUGAUUGUGUUUGCUUAUUGGAGGAUCAUUCACCGCAACAUUAUUUUUCAGCUGUCCACACUUCAAACAUUCUGUAGCCCUUUUUUUAAUUUCGAAUUGUUAAUUUAUUAAUUUUGCGUUAUCAUUUGUUUUCCUCAUAGGAAGUGGAUAUUUGUUCUAUUGUCCAUUACAAUUGGGAUUUGAACAAGUUUUCAAGAAGAAUUACACGUGGAAACAAUAGCGCAAGAAGAUUUCAUUUAAACUAAAGACAUCUUCAAGGGGCUUUGCUUGUCAUAUCCUACACGUCACAUUAGAAUAAAGACGAAUUGGCAUGUGGAUUCGUACAGCGAUCACCCGCGAGCUCCUGACACCUGAAUACUGAACUUAAAAAAUCAAAGAAAGAAAAAAACCCAGAAAACUGCUCAAUUUUCGAAGAAGACAUUCGUACCUGCGGGACUGAGGGAGGACUGGAAGCAGUUCGAGAAAGUGAUUCUUGGGACACGCGACAUCAAUAUCAUCAUUGCUAAGCUUUCAAUGUGUAUCAGUUUAUUUUUUUUAAACUGCGAUACAGUUUUACCGUUAAGGUUUCACGUUCUGCAAAUGCUGUAGAGAAGUUGCCUUUGCAUGUGCUUUUCCCGCGCGUGUUUACGCCUUCAGUGACAGUAGAAGUGCAUUGAUUGUGUUGCGGCUGACUAUGGACGAGCAAGCCCGGAUCAUGCAGACUCUCGGCGGCGUGAAUUUGUCUGGCCACCCGGGGCAGGGAGGCAUGACUUUGCCGCCUCCACACGGACACGACGGGACCGAUGUAGACGGAAGAAAACAAGACAUCGGAGACAUUCUGCAUCAGAUCAUGACGAUAACUGACCAAAGUCUGGACGAGGCGCAAGCAAAAAACAGGAAACAUGGACUGAAUUGCCACCGGAUGAAGCCAGCCUUGUUCAGCGUGCUCUGCGAGAUUAAAGAGAAAACAGGUCUCAGUAUUCGAGGAGCGCAGGAGGAGGAGCCUCCAGAUCCCCAGCUGAUGCGCCUGGACAACAUGCUGCUGGCGGAGGGCGUGGCCGGGCCUGAGAAAGGGGGCGGAGCAGCGGCGGCGGCGGCAGCAGCGGCGGCGUCGGGCGGGGCGGCGGGAGACAACUCCAUCGAGCACUCGGACUACAGGGCCAAACUCACACAGAUCCGACAGAUCUACCACACGGAGCUGGAGAAGUACGAACAGGCAUGUAACGAGUUCACCACUCACGUGAUGAACCUGCUGCGGGAGCAGUCUCGCACGCGUCCCAUCUCGCCCAAGGAGAUCGAGCGCAUGGUGAACAUCAUCCACCGCAAGUUCAGCUCCAUCCAGAUGCAGCUCAAGCAGAGCACCUGCGAGGCCGUCAUGAUCCUGCGCUCACGCUUCCUCGACGCCAGACGGAAAAGAAGGAACUUCAGUAAGCAGGCGACGGAGAUCCUGAACGAGUACUUCUACUCUCACCUGAGCAACCCCUACCCCAGCGAGGAAGCCAAAGAGGAGCUGGCCAAGAAGUGCAGCAUCACAGUAUCCCAGGGGGUGGGAACUACCAUCACAGUGUCACAGGUAUCUAACUGGUUCGGGAACAAGCGGAUCCGUUACAAGAAGAACAUCGGGAAGUUCCAGGAGGAGGCGAACCUUUACGCCGCCAAGACCGCGGUGAACGCGGCCCACGCCGUCGCCGCCGCCGUGCAGAACAGCCAGACCAACUCGCCCACCACGCCCAACUCCGGCUUCCAGAUGAAAGAUGAGGAGUUUCAGCUGGACUCUGCCGAGAACAAAAACACUCUUUUAACCAACAUGUUUACUGGUUCCUCAGGGUCUUAUAGCCUCCCAACCCCAAACACUGGGGACUUGUUCAUGAGCAUGCAGAGUCUGAGUGGAGACUCUUACCAGGGCCAAGUCGGAGCCAAUGUGCAGUCUCAGGUGGAUACUCUGCGCCAUGUUAUCAGUCAGACGGCAGGAUACAGUGAUGGCCUUGGAGGAAACGCUAUGUACAGUCCACAUAGCCUGAAUGCAAAUGGCGGGUGGCAGGAUGCAACCACUCCGUCCUCCAUCAUCUCCCCAACCGAAGGACCGGGCAGCGUGCACUCUGAUACCUCGAUUUGAUCAUACACACACACACACACACACACACACACACACACACACACACACACACACACUCACACAUCUCAUCCCCCUGCUGAAGAACCCCAACUACAGCGCCCGCCACAGACUGACCAAUCAGAGAGGCUGAACCAGCUGUCAGAAACCAAUCGUCUGGCUGCGUUUAUUUCAUGCGUUCAGCGGCGCUCAUCCUUUUUGACCUCUGUGUUUUCAAUAUUCGUUGACUUCUCCUGUCAUCUGCUUCAACACGUGUUUUUUCUAUUCUGAUUUGUUCUCCACCCGUAUGUUUGUUCAAUGGUGGGGAGGCGAGUCUGUGCGAGUGUGUGAAACCAAACCCACCUGUUAAUAGAAAUACAAAUAGAUAUCAAUGACCAAGACCAUUCAUAUGGCCCUGAAUAUGUUUCAGGCAUCCGAAUAGACACACACCUUCGUGUUCAUUCCUGUUCGACUAGUGGGACCGAGUAUCCACUGGUGCCUCCACCUUUCCUCUACUCGUAGUAUGUACUCAGUCAGCACUCCAUACUCAAACUGUACUCCAUACUCCAGACAGUGCUUUUGUAAGUAUACUGAUUUACCCCUUCGGUUUGGCCUUCUGUGGGAGUCAGCGUGCUGUCGGCCGUAGCCGGUCUCCUGAAGAGAGCAGGCAGCUGUAGUGUGUGUGUGUAGUGUGGAAGUAAGGUGGACCCAAAGACCCAGACCAGAACCGGUUCUGGCCCAAAAUCCUGGUCCAGACGUCCUGCUUGUUGUCUGUUUAGUAGCGGCAGGGUUCAUCCACUUAGUUAGCAGGACUAACAAGCGUCAGACAGCAUUGAGGGGGAUAUCGCUCACGGCUCACACACACAUGUGUCUCAUUUGGCCUCACACACCUAAAUUGUUCCAGUGUAUCAGAGGCCCUUGCCACAGCAUUCAAUAUAAAUCUAAAGGUGCACUCUUUUUCGGAAACGUUUUUAAAUGUCCGACCUGUAUCAGCAUUCUCUCAUAGCGUUCGCCGACACAUCAAGCAUCAUCACACGUAUCAUUAUGAAUGAGGUGGAUUUGGGAUUUUUUGCAUUGUAUUGAUAACUAAAAAAAAAGAGUCUUUAACCUUUUCUCGGAAAUAGCUAUGGGUCUUGCGGUUUCGCCAAUUAGUUGUAGAACUUCAUUUUGGCAACAGAAGACACCGACCACAAAAAUGCGUUGUAUAUAAUAUAGCUUAAGAGUCUUUAUACAUCCCACCAAUCAGAGCUCAGCUUUAUUACCUCAUCAGGCCCAUAGAAACCAAUAGAAUUCCAACAUUCUCUAGCUUAGAAUGCUCACGUACUACCUCUAUAAAACAAUAUCAUCACCAUAUUUUAUGCCUUUUGAUUUUUUACUUUGGGUUUUCACUUUGUUUGUUUGCAUCUUGUAACAAACUUCUUUUUCUUCAUGUAAUCUAAUGUAUAUUUUAAUCUUCUAAGAAAACCAAGUUGCUUUGUUGCAGCUUUUAAAAAGACAAAAAUAAAAAAAUUGUCAAUGAUAAUAUGAAUAAAUGAAUUACAGGAUUAUGGGGGAUGAGGGGAGACGAGAAACGAGUGAAAUUCUUUUUGUGGUGAAUUUUGAGGGAGGGAGCGGGGAAACGUUCGGACAUUACUUAACACCAAACAGUGAAACUGUUGUACAUACUGAGGAACAUUUUGAAUGUUGAUCAUCUGUUACAUGCAAAAAAGGAAAAAAAAUCUCAUACGAGGAAACUGUAAUGCAUAGAGGUUUCAGCAGUCAGGCUGAACAUUUCCCCCUGUUUGACAGCGGGCAAAAACUUUCUUUCUCUUUUUUGUAUUGUAUGUGACUCUGAGACGGAUAAAGUCAUGACAGUUUAUUUGUGGCAGUGAUUCUAAUGUAUUAAACUGUUUCGUGUUUCUUUCUUAUCAGACGGCGCCCCAGACUGACAAGUCUUCCUUGUGGUAGUUAUGUGUAAUUUCAAACAUGAAUAAACGUUUUCCUUUAAAGAUGGAAAAGCCAAGCCUU